AUCCCGGAUACCCAGGAAAGAAAGGCUCCAUUUUGUUCUUGUCCGAGCCCUUCUUUUUUCUCUCAUUUUCCUUUUGAUAUCCCCGUACCCGAAAAAUUUCGGGAAGGAGUAGAGAGAUACCGAAAAACUGGCGUGUUUCUUGCAUUUGGAUUCUUCGUUGACUCGUUGCUUGCUGUGUCCACGAUACUGACUCACAAACUAUUGGAUUCUGUGGUGGCCUCGGAGAUUUCACGCCCCCAUCUUUUCCCUUCUUCAGCCUCCAUGGCCGAUACAUCGGCUCUGGAAGACCCUCUGGCGGAUAGAGGGCCUGAACUGAGCGGCACCACGACGGCGUUGCUCGUUCUCGCAACCGUUUUUGUCGGUCUCCGGUUCUGGGCGCGGUGGACUGUUGGCUUUCACUAUGGCCUCGAUGACUGGUUCAUGGUGGUUGGCCUGAUCGUCACCUUUAUGGCCGGAGCCCUCAACUAUGCCAUGAUUGCACAGGGCCUCGGCCGCCAUGCCGCAACAUUAUCACAAGACACGCUGAUCCAGUUUCUUAAGCUGCUACUGGCCUUCGAGUGCGUGUACGUGACGGCGGUCAUGUUCAUCAAAAUCUCGCUGCUGCUCAUGUACCGCCGCAUCUUCCCCGGCCGCGGCUUCAAGAUCGCUGCCCUCGUGCUCGGUCUCCUUACCAUCGGCUGGUGGCUCGCCAUCGUCUUUGUCUGUGUCUUCCAGUGCACGCCCGUUGCCAAGGCCUACAUGCCCUGGAUCGAGGGCACUUGCAUCGACCUCAAGGCGUCCUUUAUCGGCAACGCCAUUCCCAAUAUCUUGACCGAUGUUGCUAUCCUGUGCUUGCCUAUCGGCCAGGUGUGGAAGCUGCAGGUGACGAUGGCGCAGCGGUUGUCGUUGUGCUUCAUGUUCCUGUUGGGAGGAUUCGUCCUCUUUGCCAGUAUCUACCGCUUCACAACAAUUAUGCAGUUCGAGCUCACUGACACGACAUGGACACUCGCUACUGCGUGUACAUGGUGCGUCGUCGAAUGUGCCUGCGGUGUUAUCAGCGCUUGCCUGCCUACGUUACGCCCCCUCAUGGUCAAAGUCUCGUCGCAAUUCGGCAGCAUCGCGACGAAGUACAACCUCUCCGGAGGCCAGAGCGGCGGCCGCUCAAAGGCUGGAAGCCGGGGGCCCACCGAACUCAUGACGAUCGGGGGAACGGGAGGGAAGUCGGCCGACAGGGGAUUCAAGCGCCUAGGAACCGAGGACGGAAAGUACGGUAUUACGACGAACAUCUCGACCCGAUCCGCAGGAGGAGGAGGAACAGGAGGAGGAGCGACGACAAAGCCCUCGCCGGACUCGGACUCGGGCUCAUGCGACGACCUGUCCCUGAAGGGCGGGAUACGGAUCAAGGUGGACCAAGAGGUCCGUUGGGGCGAGGAGAGCCGGUCUCGUCAGGACUCGACGGCGUCGACAAAGUACGAGUCUUCUUCACGGAGCGGAUCCUCGCAUCUGGGCUCAAACCGAGUCUGAAAAGGGUCUUGACGACUGCAUAAUGAGUAGCGUACACUUUGUCAUAUCAUAACUGAACAUAAAAGAAACCUAAUACAGAGAGCGAUUGUCAGCUUCAAGAGAUAACCACCCGCCAACUUCAGACUACCUUGGACUUGAUUCU